GACCCAGUGGGCUGUGAAAAGCGCCGUGAAACGGAUCGGCGGGAAAUACUAUAGCGACAAAAAGAAAUCAUGUUGAUCGCCCUGCUGGCUACACCGCUCUUGCUCCUGGCCGUGUGGCUGCUGCUCCAGCGGCUCGAUCGGACGUACUUUAUCCUGUCGCUUACCAGGCGCGUGCGCACUGAGGAUGGCAGUCCGCUGGAGAGCAAAGUGGCCGUAAUGCCGGGCACAUCGCGUUUCGGCAACAAUUUGGACAUUAUCAACGCCACACCCUCCAGUUUGUUCAAAUUUUUGCGGGCUUCUGCUGCCAAAGCUCAGGGCAGAAACUUUUUGUGGUACUUUCUGUUUGCCCCAAAUUACAAUGUCAUCAGAGCCGAGGAGGCCGAGGAGAUAUUCCAGAGCACCAAACUGAUCACAAAGAAUGUGAUCUACGAUCUGUUGAGACCUUUUCUGGGAGAUGGUCUGCUCAUAAGCACAGAUCAGAAAUGGCACGCCAGACGCAAGGCUCUGACUCCUGCCUUUCAUUUCAAUGUUUUGCAGUCCUUUCUGGUCAUCUUCAAAGAGGAAUGCAAUAAGCUGAUCAAAGUGCUAGACAAAAAGUUGGAUGGAGAACUUGACCUUAACCAGGUCAUUCCACAAUUUACACUGAAUAGUAUUUGCGAGACCGCUCUGGGCGUCAAGCUGGAUGACAUGUCGGAGGGCAAACAAUAUCGCAGAGCCAUCCAUGCCAUUGAAGAAGUCCUCAUACAACGCGUCUGCAAUCCGCUCAUGUACUACAACUGGUACUUUUACUUGAUCGGCGACUAUCGGAAGCAGCUGCAGAACCUGCGGAUAGUCCACGACUUCUCCAGUCGCAUCAUCGAGCGCAAGCGCCAGCAGUUUAAGCGCAAGCAGCUCGGCGUCGUGGAUGACUUUGGCAAGAAGCAGCGGUACGCCAUGCUGGACACCCUCCUGGCGGCCGAGGCGGAUGGGCAGAUCGAUCAUCAGGGCAUAUGCGAUGAGGUGAACACCUUCAUGUUCGAGGGAUACGACACCACCUCCACGUGCCUCAUCUUCACUCUGCUGAUGCUGGCCCUGCACGAAGAGGUGCAGGAGAAAUGCCUGGAGGAGGUGUCAAGUCUACCCGAGGACACGGAUUCCAUCAGUGUGUUUCAGUUCAAUGAGCUGGUGUACCUGGAGUGUGCGAUCAAGGAGUCCCUGCGCAUGUUUCCCUCCGUUCCCUUCAUUGGUCGCCAAUGUAUGGAGGAGUGUGUCGUGAAUGGACUGGUCAUGCCAAAGGAUACACUAAUCAGCAUCCACAUCUAUGACAUCAUGAGGGAUCCGCGCCACUUUCCAAACCCAAAUGAGUACCAGCCUGAGCGAUUCCUACCCGAGAACACAGUGGAUCGUCAUCCCUUUGCUUUUGUGCCCUUCAGUGCCGGCCAGAGAAACUGCAUUGGACAGAAGUUUGCCAUUCUGGAGAUCAAAGUACUCCUGGCCGCAGUUUUAAGGAACUUUAAGAUCCUGCCACUCACUCGAUUGCAGGAUCUCACAUUUGAGUAUGGCAUAGUGAUGAGGACACAAGAGAAUGUACAGGUUAGGCUGGUGCGAAGGUAGAAUGUUUACAGGAAUUACAUACAUAUAUGCGAAAACUUCAUUGCCAAAGAUGUACCAAAAAUUACUUGCAGCUUAAUUUAUUCUGAUAAUAAAAUGCGUUACCUGUUCAUUU